AUUACCCGCCCGUCGCGUCUUGGUAUCCGGCGGGAUCAUCCUAAAUCUCAUGUCGCGAAGGUGCUCGCUGUGUUCUGGACCUUCCUAAUAAUGGGAGCAAGUGAUGCAGCAUAUGGGCCUUUAAUUCCCUACCUUGAAUCAUACUAUGACAUCUCCCACACGACUGUCUCGCUGUUGUUUCUGUCCCCCGUUUGUGGCUAUACGCUUGCCGGACUGCUCAACAACGAGAUCCACGUGCAGGUGGGCCGUCGUGGCAUCGCCUGUAUUUCAGCGGCCUGCCACUUGUUCACGUUUAGCAUUGCCUCCUUGCAUCCUCGGUACCCCGUUCUGGUGGUGUCUUCUGCGGUGGGUGGGUUUGGAACUGGUAUAGCAGACUCGGCAUGGAACGCUUGGAUCAGCAGCUUGUCUAGCGCCAACCAGUUGAUGGGGAUUUUGCAUGGCUUGUAUGGGGUGGGAGCCAUGAUAAGCCCGUUAAUCGUGUCUGCACUGGUCACCCGGGCCAAUGUCCCCUGGUUUCGCUUUUAUAAUAUCAUGGCUGCCGGUGCUGCUGUCGAGGCCGUCGUCUGCACCCUCGCCUUCUGGAGCGCUCGACCGGUUACCCUAGACGCGAGCGAGGACUCCGAUGAAAGCCAACGUGGUGGGCUGCGGCGUGCUCUUUUCCAACAACCAUAUGCCCGCGUGACUUGGAUCUGCACCCUCUUCCUUCUCAUUUAUGUGGGAACCGAAGUCACUUUAGGUGGCUGGACCGUGGUCUUCAUGAUGCGGGUGCGCCACGCGACCCCCUUCGCUAGCGGCAUGGCGGUUACCGGAUUUUGGCUGGGUAUUACCUGUGGCCGGGUCUUUCUUGGAUUCAUCACACCGAUGAUAGGGGAAGAACUGUCAGUUACGCUGUAUGCGUUGUGUGUGAUUAUUUUUGGUUUUGUCUUUUGGCUGGUGCCAAAUUUCUACGUCUCGGCAGUCGCGGUAUCUCUGCAAGGUUUCUUCCUGGGCCCACUGUUCCCAGUCCUGAUUGUAGUGGCCACCAAGAUACUUCCACAAUCGCUACAUGUGAGCUCGAUUGGCUUUGCCUCGGCGAUUGGAGGGGCUGGAGCUGCUUUGCUGCCAUUUGCGGUUGGUUCCCUUGCGGAGAGCCAAGGAGUCCAGAUUCUACAGCCAUUCAUUAUUGGCCUCUCAGUUGGAAUCCUGUUAUUAUGGCUCUGUCUUUGGCGAGUUUCGAAAUCCGUGGCUGGGGGCAUCUGCUUCGAUACAUCGCCAUAAGUUGAACAACAGGACCCGACAAAUGCUGGCCUGUCUUAGGGUUAUGGCUGGCAGUGACAUUUAGCUGAUAGAUAUAAGUAGACGAUGAACAAUAGAUACUACUACAGAAUGCUCA